ACUUUUCAGAUAGAAGCACCAGCUACACAACCUGUAGUCGCAUCUCAAACGGUUGAGGUAACUUGUGCAUUUUCUUCACCAAUUGAAGAAAAAGAUUCAGAGUUUACAAACCAAACCGAGGAAUCGACAAAAGAAAUUCGUUCUUUGAUUCAAGAACUUAUAGAUAUAGUUGUAAACAGCUUCACAGACGACGUUUCAAAGUCAGACACACUUCAAGACGAUACAGAACUUGAGUGUGAAAAUACUGACGAAUUACUCUUACCAGAAUCCCCAGUUUUCGAACUAAAACGUAAAGAGAGCAAUCUCAGUCAAGAGAAUAUCUACUCCAGCUGCGAAUCCUGCGCUACUGGCAUUACUGUAAUUGAGGUGAAACCAGCGGAUCAGAAUCGUCUUAUCGUCAAAGAAACUACCGAAGUGAAGGUAUCAGUUCAACACAUCGAAACUCCCCAAUUCACGGAAGACAUCAAAGAAGUUAUUUUCGAGGAAAGUAUAACCGUUGAACAAGAACCGCAAAAUUCACCGGUUUUCGUCGAAGACAAAGACGAAAAAUUUGAAAACGUUGAAGAAACAGAAGAAGUACGAGCAAAAGAAGAUUCUUUAACUCUUUUUGAUUCUUCUGCAGAAAUACACACCGAAAAGUUCAACGAAGUUGAAGAAAGAAAGAGGUUUGAUAGUUUAUCAUCCGAGAGUUCGGAAGAGCAAAUAUUAUCCUCUGAUAGCGAUUCUUUGUCAUCCGAGGAUUCGUUUGAAGGAGAAUACGAACUUGAAAUGGAUUCUGGAGGUCGUUACGCCAUCCGGACUCGUCUCGGAGCCAACACAGGGUCCGUGAAGUCCAGGAUACAGGCUAGGGAGUCUCCGGACUUCGCAAAGAGCGCUGAGAGUACUAAAAAAGUUCGGACUACAGUGGAGAGCCGUGUCUUCCGCAAUGCUCCGGACUUAAAGAGCAGGAUGAACAAAUUCGCAUCUAAUGGUGCGAGCAAUGAAAAAAGUCCUCAGAAAGAGGUUAAGAGAAACAGACCCCCUCGCAUCCGGAACACCUCUAAUGGGGAGCAGAAAGAGAACAGGAAGAUAAAGGAGGAGACUCCUAAAGUUGCUGAACCUGAAAAAACUCCAAAACCUGCUGAGAGAAAAUUGAGGAAAACGGAAGACAAGAUUAUCUUAAACGGCUCUUCAAAAAGCAAAACUCCUGUAGAGAGUACCGUUUUCAGAGUAAAAGACGCCAAGUCCGAUAAAAAUGAUGAAAAAUCAUUAACAACGUUUAGUGUCGAAUUCACUGCGGAAAAGUCGUCGGGUUCCGCUUCACCUGCUGAAUCACUGGACCGUAUUGAAACUGCAUCCAACGUUGCCAUCGACGAAAUGAAAUCGUUGUCAAAAUCUCAAAAUGUUGAAGAAACGGAUGAUUCGAAACCUUAUUCGACGAUUCAGAAGGAUAACGCCGACGAAUCUGACAUCACAAAACACAGUGUUGCCGAUAAUGGCGCUUGUGAGGUCACAGAUACCGAUAAAACAAUUGAGAAAUCAGAAUCUUCGACAACAGAAAAAGACGGACAUCUAGCGGCCGAAGAAAAAUUGAUUUCCGAUCAGAAAGAUGUCGCGCUUGACGCGGAAAAGAUAACUGAUGAUAUUUUAUCAAUCGCAAGCACCACAUCCAAUAAAACAAACGAAAGCGAAGAUAGCCCAACGAUCCGUGACGAGGAUAGCCCAACGAUCCGUGACGAGGAAACAGAAGCAACUGUGACGUCACAGACGCAGGAAACUGCUCUUGCGAAGGACGAAGAAAAAGUCGAGUCCGAAUCCUCGGACGAUAAAGAGGCAAUCGACGUUGAUGACGUCACGGUCAAUGACGUCACUACUCCCGAGUCUCAUGACGUCACUGCUACUGAUUCUGCUGACGUCACGACGAGUGAGACUAACUCCGUGUCCACCAAAACUGAUGACGUCAUGGAAAACGGUACUGAUGACGUCAUUGCACAGGCCAAAGUGAAUGACGUACAUGAGCAAACUUCCGAAGCUUUAUCUACACCAAUCGAAACUAAAGUCGUGAGCAAAGCCUUGGAACUUAGCGACGAAUCAAAUCACGAUUCGAAAGACAAAGAGUCCACUAAGGAGAAGGGGGCUGAGUUGAGAAGCAGAAUUCGACGCUACAGACGCACCGAAGGCGACAAGAAGCCCGACUGUGACGUCACAGAGGUCUCGACUGGGCCACCAGAAAUUGAAAGUGACCGGAAGUCCGAGCCGCGACGCCGUCGACGUAUUCGCUCGCAAAAGACGCCGCCCAGCAGCGCUGCCUCGAGCCCAGAGGCGGAAGAAGCUCCCGGCCCGAAAAUCGAGUCUGAAGUCCCGCAGGAGAAAGAAAAAACAGCCGAGGUUGAGGCGGUACCUCCCGUGAAAGAAAAGCGCGACGAGGUGGCUACGAGCGAUGCUGUAACCGGAGACGAGAGGCCAAACAAAUCGGAUAUAAAAGUGAAGCGAGUGCGUUCCAUGCCAGGACAUUCAGUACAAGAGAUCACAGUCACCGAGGUCGAUUUAAACGAGCAUCCACAAGCUUCACUUCAAGAGACAAAAACUGCAACUGCAGACAAAAUUCCUACACCAGAAGAUAAACCAUCAGAAAAAAGCAACGAGACACAAGAGGAAAAUGUAACCGACCACCCGCCUAACCGCAUUGUGUGUGCAUGUGCAUGGAAAUACGCUGACGCUGACCAAUUACUUGACGUUGAAGACAUGAUGAUUAUGGGCAACCGACCUGACAGCAAAUGUGUCUUCACAUACGUCCAGUCUUUAUACAACAAGUUACGUCGGUUCGAAAAGCCCCUGACCCCUCUUUCACCCACCUUUAAAGUAAUGGGUGGACUUUCACCCACCGCCAAACUCCUCGCCAGCGAGGAGGCGGGAAAGUCCCAAAGAUGA